AUGGGUUUUUCAGUACUAGUCUCCCUCCUUCUAGCUUGGGUGCUUGCAAGUGAAGGCAGUGACGACAUUAGCUUUGAUCAAAACUAUAAAAUCACAUGGGGUUUUGAUCAUGUCUUAUCUCUUAAUCAAGGAAGACAAAUUCAGCUCUCAAUGGAUAUUUCUUCGGGGGCUGGCUUCGCAUCCAAGCUAAGCUAUGGUUCUGGAUUCUUUCAUAUGAGUAUCAAGCUACCAGACAAGGAUUCGGCUGGAGUAGUUACAGCUUUCUAUCUAACUUCUCAAGGUGAUAAUCAUGAUGAGCUGGAUUUCGAGUUCUUGGGCAACAGGGAAGGGAAGCCAUACACAUUACAAACAAAUGUGUUUGCAAACGGUCAAGGGAAUAGAGAGCAAAGAAUUCUUCUCUGGUUCGAUCCCACAGCAGAUUUUCAUACUUACCAGAUUCUCUGGAACCAACAUCAAAUUGUAUUUUAUGUGGACAAUACGCCCAUUAGAGUAUUCAAGAACAACAGAGACAUUGGAGUUGACUACCCAUCACAGCCAAUGCAAAUAGAAGGCAGCUUGUGGGACGGAGAUAGUUGGGCAACUGAUGGAGGCCAAACAAAAACUAACUGGAGUUCUGCCCCAUUCAAAGCACACUUUCAAGGAUUUGAUUUCGGCGGCUGCGCAGUUCAGAACUCAAACAUCCAACAGUGUUCCUCUCCCAACUACUGGUGGAACACGGCAAAGUACUGGGUACUGGAUUCUGGACAACAGAGAGAGUACGAGAAUGUGAGAAACAAGUACAUGAACUAUGACUAUUGUUCUGAUAGGCACAGAUACCCGACCCCUCCCCCAGAGUGCCUUCGAUCAUGA